AUGCGGGCCAACGUGUAUGGGGGGGAGAUGACAUCCAUGCCUUUGGCUUCUCACGCAGUGGAAUGUGACUCGGCCAGCCGCAUGAACACCGUCAACUGUCGUCGUGCGGUGGCGGGAUACGGUGGAAGCAGUAAACCCAGGAAUGACGUAGCGUGCAACAACGGGAGGCAGUCAUACGGCGCCGCUCCAGCGCCGCAGGAGAAUGACAGGACUCAACACAGCCACCUGCCCCACACUGCCGAGAAGGUAAUGCAAGUGGGACGGUCACAAGCCUCUAACGAGCCGGUUGCACCACCGCCGCUUCCAUUACCGGCAAACAGUGGCACAGUACCUGCAGCUGGGCCCGCAGCAUCUCGCAGUGAGGGUGCACAACGGGGAUGUGUAAAUAACAUUAACUGCUAUGAAUCUCCGACGACUUGGCGCGCCCCCAGAGUAAUACAGGCAGACUCUGGAAUAGGCAAACAACAGGUGCCGGAAACGAGGAAUACGAGGAAUAUCACGAACGGGGCUCUGCAGCCAGACCCUAAUUCGUACGGCCAUAAUGUGCCGGGAGCGAACAUGUCUCCGCACGGUUAUGGCCCCAGUCCGUUUGUUUCUCUUCCAUACUCCCAAAAUGGACGUGUGGGCUAUCCACCGCCGCAAUCGUGGUCGUCUGCGCCGUUGCAUUAUCCUGCUCCUAUGCCGUAUGCCUCGGUGGCGACGGCUGCUGCUGCUGCUGCGGCUGCGGCUGCUGCCGCGUACCACAAUUAUGGUCAUCAUCAACAACAACAACAUCAUCAACAACAUCAACAACAUCAACAUCAAUAUCACCGCCAGCAGUACUACCAUCCUCAGUGUCAACGUGUUUACGGCCAGCACAAUGACCUUUUCCAUGGGCUGCACUACGUGCAUCAACAUCAGCAAAAUGGGGGGAUGGGGUCCUCGUUUGCCCCGGUAUUGGACUCCGCAGCGUCGCGUACGGAUAAGAAUGAGGCUCCAAUCACAGAGGUGCUGAAGCCAGAGUGUCACACGGGCACGGUGCCGCCGGUGGAGGAGGAGGCAAGUAGUCUGCCAGGUGAUUUUGUGGCCGAGGGAGUUCCCUCAAGUGAUGAUAGUGGGCACCGUAGCCAGAUAUUUCUUCUUAAUGAGGAACCACCGCUUUCCGAGUCGGAUAGCAUAUCCAGUAGAAGAUUUGGGGUAGACUACGCCGGGGGACAUGCACAGGUGACCACUGCGCAGCAUAGUGAUGGUAGUGGUAGCAGUAGCGUCAAGAGCAGCUGGGGGCAGGGUCCCGGUGGCAUCGAGGCGCUCAUAUUUAGCCCCGCUGAUGGCAUUUUGUGCUCCACUUCCUUUGGUCCCCGCGUUCCUGUGGCGCCGACGCACGUCACGGGGGAGAAGCGGGGUACCCAGCUGCCUUCGUAUGAGGACACUAUGGCUAGUGAUAGGCUAGACAAUCAUCAUUUCUCCCCAAUCAAAACAGGUCGUGUGACGGUAAGGGCUGUGGAGCCCCCAGAAGAUUCUCCGGGUUUAAGUGCAGGUGCUCACAAAAGGGAAGUUGUCUCAAUGUUUUCUGCGGGGAAUCUACAAGAGCAAUCGGAUUACGAGGACGAACGAAAAAUCCUUGAGUGUACGCGAGGAGUACUGGGCAACGGACGACCGGGCAGUUUGGCGGAGGGGCCUCCCCGCGUAGAGGCUCCCGAGGUGAACCACGGUUCUCCCUCAUGUACAUUGUUGGAGGCACCGCGGUCUCACCAACAUCAUUAUUUCCGUCAGCAUAAUGUUCAUCACCAUCUUCAGCAUCUUCAUCAUCUGCAACAUCAGCAGCAGCAGCAACAGCUGCAUCAGAAUCCUAUGCACUUGCUCUCAUGUCCGCUGUCCGCAAGAGCUCUCAAAACUCCGUGCACUUCUCCGGUGCACCGGAAGCAACGAUCUUUCAAUGCCAUGAUGACGUCUUGCCCCACAUCGCUGUGCGCGUCGGCAACCCAGGAAUCUGGAGCCAGCCGGAUGGACAACAACGUCCACACUCCUUUGGCGAGUGGGACAUCCAUAACUUUCGACUCCGGUUGUGGUGUUAAUGGAAAUCCGCACUUGGGCGGAGAGCCUGCUUCCAUGCGGCAGCAAGCACUGUCUAUAAACGAUAAUGUUCUGACCUCACAUGGUUCUAAGGGAGAAGGACCUAAUGAACAUGGGUCUGCUGCUGGUGCUAUUCUGAAGGGGACUUUAGCAAAGCCGUCAAGCUUCCGUACGGCUCCUCUUGGAGCAGCCUUGUAUGAACAUUGUGGAGCACAGGAGGACCUGUUUGAGGAGCGAGCUUCAGAAGUGUCGUUUGAUGUGUCUUCAUACGGAAACAUUGUUUCCUUCCUCAACGCCGUCUCCCCAGUGGUGGCAGCAGACAAAGAAAUGGAAUGGGUUGUCCCGCUCUCAGGGGAUAUGGCGGCUGCGCCUGGUCGAGAAGAAUUGGGCGGUGAUGCACCGCUACCAACAUAUAGGGAGCCUUCCAUUCCGCUUCUGCGUAUAUGGAAGGCGCUGGACCUUCCCUUUGCUUGCACGAUUCCUUUUGCUGAGCCUGUUUCUUUGGCGCCAAUGCGGCCCCCGGAAGAGCAUGUGGUGUACACGCCAUUUCUUAGUGGAUUUCGACUUCGCUUUCGUGAGGCAUCUCCGACGUACGCGAAGCUUAAGUCGUUACGGCAAAACGCGGACGUUGCCCUAUCAAUUGCUUUUUCCUCAGGCCCAAUACACCGAACUCACAUGCCAUCGUCCUCUCCUGACGCUGGAACUGUGGGCAAACCCGAGGUGGGUGGUGAGGAAGGGAGCUUGAAUUUUUCUCCGUCUGCUGCGGCACCGACUUCUUCCACAAUGCGUGGAGCCACGCAAGAUAGCAGUGAGGAGGCGUCAUACGAUGCAGAAGUUGGAUUUGUCACGUGGGGUGCAACGGAGCGACCCGAUCAGCGUAGUCUCCUCCUUGAGCAGGUGCAUGAACUGGCCGCAUCCAAUGAUCGAUAUUCCGUCCUUCUUAGCGCAACGACUACGGAGCUUGAUAACCAGUCAUGGUUUGCUGUUCUUUGGCAGCCGGUGUAUGAUCAAAGCCAUACGGCUAAACAUAGCUGUGGGAGUUUUAUCGUUUACUAUGCGUUGCGACCGCCACGCCAUAUGGAAUGGAACCAAACUGCAAGUCGGGUGGCGAGGAUGAACAGUGAUUGGAUGUCUCCCGUCUUCCGUUGUGAUCGUCAGGGAGUUCACUGGGACAUGUGGGUUUCAAAUGAUUCUAUUUCAUUGCCAUCGUCGUUAUCGCCCUCAACUUGUGAGGGAAGCAGCGACCUCAUGGUGAGGCAACAGGGCGUGUCUUCUGUUGAUAAGAUCUCUACAACAGCGACUGAUAGCAACGGUGAGAUGCAUGCCGUCAUGGAGGCCUCAAGCGCUAGUGUGGGAAGCCAUGAUGUAAAGUUCGGAUACUCUGGACGUGUCUCUACAGAAGUUUUUGCGAAUGACGUUACACGAGGCUCACAGCAUGUCUUUCUUGCACCUCAUUCAGAGAAGGCGGUGACAGGCAAUUCCACGGUACGCAUUCCUAUUAUAGGUCUCAUUCCUGGUCGCUGUCGCGCCGAUGUCUGGUAUGUGCCUUGCUCGGGCAUGGACGCACAGGAUCCCAACACUGGACGGAGUAAAAGCAGUAACGGUGCCACAUCUCGUCGUCGCUAUCGCGCCCCGCUAUUCCUCCUUACCGCGGCUUUACAACUUAUGUCAUGGAAUGCACUGGAGGGAGUGUGGAGACAGAGCAUGCGAAAAAAAGAUCUAGGGGCUGCCGACAGCGGCGUUCUGGCCGCUGCCUCGAAUGCAGCAGAGCCUCCAGUGUCUUGUCUACGCGGAAACACCACUACUACUACGACCACCGCCGCUGCAGCUUCAAUGGCACCGCGGUCUUUCUUAGCGAAACCACACAAGUCAAAAUCCGGUAAGAAGCUUCUGGUUGAGGGGGCACAUGGCUACCGAUACUAUCGUGAAAGCGUUAAUGCUGAUGCUGUGGCGACUCCUACGGCGCUUUCGGGGCUGCAGGAAGGUACCGACAGCAAUUGUUCCACGGUGUCCUCCCCAACUACUGCAGGCACUGAACUUAGCGCAAUCGUUGAAGGUCUGCCAGACUUUUACCAAUGGGUGCAGUUUGAUGGUCCUUUGCUGGGUUACGUGGAACGCUACUCUUGA